AACAUUUAGAAAAGGAAGAAAGAAGAAAAGAUGGGCACAGACGGCUGCCUGGGUGGAUUUAUGAGGCUUUCCGGUCGUGUGGAACCGUAACCGGCCUCUGAGGAGCAGCCUGGGAAAAAAGAAAAAACAUGUCAGGGAAUCUUCAGAAAUCCAAACGACUAAAACAUAAGAACUGCGCGCUGCUGUAGCGGUCUGUCUUACUGACAUACACCCGGAGCUGUGUGGGAGAGGAGCGGCGUUCCACCUCCCAAAAAAAUCAUCGUGACCUGGAACAUCAGAGCAGACUCAAAAGUUUUUUUUUUUUUCAGAGGAGAAUUUGCUGCAUUGGAUUCCUCUGGACGGGAUGUCAGCAGGAAUUCCACUGGCUGUGUGAUAUUCCCGGUGCAGUGUAAGAGGGAAUUCUUGGAUAAAAAAAAAACAACAACAACAACAUGGGAGAUGCUUCAGGCGACAGGCAGACCUUCAUCGUUCCUGCUAUCAAAAGCUUCGAUCAUUAUGACUUUACGAGGGCCAAGAUCUCCUGCAGCCUGACGUGGCUCGUGGCCAAAGCUUUCGGCUCGGAUGAGGUUCCAGAGGAGCUGGUUGAUCCUUUCUACAGGGACCAGUACAACCAGGAGCACCUGAAGCCUCCAGUCGCCUGUCUCCUCCAGUCCGCCGAGCUCUACUGCCGGGCGGGAAGCCUGAUCCUCCGGAGUGAUGCUGUCAAACCCUUACUGGGACACAACGCUGUCAUCCAGGCCUUGGCUCAGAAAGGGCUCUAUGUAACUGAUCAGGAUCGGCUGGUCACCGAACGAGAUCUCACCAGCACACCAAUACACAUGAGUUCUCACCUGGCACUUAUUGACACGCUGAUGAUGGCCUACACGGUGGAGAUGGUGAGCGUGGAGCGGGUGAUGUCCUGCAUCAACAGAUACUCCUCUGCUGACCCAUCAAACAGUGACAGACACAUCCAGCAGCUGCCGUAUGACACCGAGGACGCAAUCACCACUUGGAUCAAUAAGGUGAAUGAACACCUAAGGGACAUUCUCAUAGAAGAACAGAAGCUGAGAGAAGCUUCCCUUCAGGAAUCUAACACCGCAACACCCAAAGCUCGCUACAGGAGGGAACAUGCCCAGCAGAGGAACGCUCCAUCCCUCCCCCUGGUGGAGAACCUGCUGAAGGACAACACAGAUGGCUGUGCCCUGGCUUCGCUGCUGCACUUUUACUGUCCCCGGGCUGUCAGACUGGAAGAUAUCUGUCUCAAGGAGACCAUGUCUCUAGCAGACAGUCUGUACAACCUCCAGCUGGUGCAGGACUUCUGCAGGAACAACCUCAACCACUGCUGCCACUUCAGUCUGGAGGACAUGCUCUACGCACACGCGUCCAUAAAGAGCAACUUGUUGGUGUUCAUGGCUGAGCUUUUCUGGUGGUUUGAAGUGGUAAAACCCUCCUUUGUACAGCCCAGAGUGUUUGACCCAGAAGCCUGUGAUCCUGUACUUUCCUGUAGAAAUAUGGCUCCUGUGUCCAGCCCAGUCAAACAAAGCAAUGCGGACAGAUCUAACAGUCUGGAGAGUGUCCCUGCUGAAGGUUUAAUGAAGAGAUCUACUUCCUUGUCCUUUGUGGAUGGCUGUGUUGGGACAUGGCCCAAAGAGAAACGCUCAUCUUCUCGGGGAAUCUCCUUUGAGAUUCCUUUGAAUGGGGAUCCGACUUUGCCACCAUGUGAUGCUCCAUCUGUCCGUGGCAUGACCCGCUCAAUUAGCACAGAUGGCCUUGGGUUCAAAGUUCACUAUGCAUCCAGAGGAGGUAUGAAGCGCCACUUCUCACUCUUACCCGUCAGUGUAAACGGCCAGAGUGGGAGCAGACAUAUAGUGGAAGAAGAUGAAGACUUCAAGGUCCACAAACCCGUGGCACGGAACAAUACCUUCUCCAUCAAGAACCAAAGCAGGUACUCAAAUGGAGUCCUUCCUGAAAGCAACCACAACCUUAACAGUCACCAUGGAAACCGCAGUCCGACUCCUCCGAGCAUUGAGGAGGCUCUGAAGAUUAUCCAUAACACAGAACGGCCCCAUGCUAGCUUGGGUGUUGGAGACAGAGACAGUGGCUUCUUUCUCCAUGGUGCAGAGUCUUUAGACCCUCCAGGUGGCCAGGGUCAGGGAGAUGACCCAUGUUCAGCUAAGGCCCAAUUGAAUGACAAUGACCCCAACUCUAUUUCCACUGAUGAAGUGGACACGGGCAUUCAUGUGAGGACAGAGGACAUACAAAGCGUGGAUGAGGACUCUUCAUCUCUAAGAGAUUAUUCAGAUAUAGACCCAGACUGUGAGGCUAUGACCAGGUCAUGCCCUCUACCUGACAGAAUGGAGGGGGAGAGAAGUAGAGAAAGAGGGACCGAAAGAGUUGAUGACACGAAGCCUGAAGGUACAAGGGGAGAAGGAGGUGACAGAAGUAGCCCAUGUGCCAGUUCAGUGCCCACACUUCCCAGAUCUUACACAGUCAGCCCCACCUCUUCCUCUGGUGGCUCUGGAAGUGCCUUGGUUCGGAUGACAAGCUUUGCAGAGCAGAAGUUCAGAAAACUGGAGGGAAGGAGCAGUGGAGGAACUACGCCAGACAGCUCAGACAUCAACGUUCCAUACACACACCUGGCAAAAUUUUCCUCUGAGAUUUCCGCACCCCCUCUGCCAAUCAUAUCUCCCACUCCAACAACGCCUUCACCCAGAGACCCCUCCCAUCUGAUAGCCUCAGAGAUGAUACAGUUAAAGAUGAAGCUGGAAGAGAAACGCAGAGCCAUUGAAGCCCAGAAAAAGAAGGUUGAAGCAGCGUUCACUCGCCAUCGCCAGAAGAUGGGCAGAACGGCUUUUCUAAACGUCGUGAGAAGGAAAGGCGUUACGUCCCCCAUCAGCCCCAGCGCAGGGGGAGCAGAAACACCAUCACCCGGGCCCCUCACGUCCUCCAAGGAGACAGCUGAAGGCAGCAUGGAGCGAGUGGAGAGGUGCAAACCUGAUGGAGCUGCUCCCAAAUUUGCCUGUGAAGAUGGUGGAGCAGGUGUGACUCCGGGUGAAGUUGACCUCACAGAAUAUACUCGCUCCAUUGAGAGGCUGAACACAUCUCUGGGCUUCCUGCAAACAGAGAUGCAACGUUUGGCCCAACAGCAGGAGAAGAUCAUGGCGAUGAGAGACCAACAGCCACAACAACAAGCCUGGGUCAUCCCUCCUCCUGCUCCUUCUCCACACAGGCAGCUCCGUGAAUUGCGUAGCAGCAGUGUAUCAGGUCGGGGAUCAGGCCGAGGCUCUGUCGGGUCUUUGUCUCCCAUCUUGUCUUCUUCGGGCUCUCCUCAUGCUGCCAAUCGUUCCCCUGCUGGUAUUAAGCGGCGGCCAGCCUCUUUCCAUGCCAGAACCCCAAGGACACCAAGACCAAAUGAUCUGAAGGUCACUCCCUUCAGUCGGAUGCUUAACACCCCCACCUCAGUGGACAGCCUGCCCAGACUGAGGCGUUUUGCCCCCAGCCAAACCCAGCUCAGUUCUUUUGCCUAUCUUGGUCAUGAUGACGAACAUGUAGCUGGCAAUAACCUCGAGACCAAGGACAACAACGGUAAGGCUAAAGAGAAGGGAAAUACAAUGGCACAUAAGAGUGCUGGCACUCUUCAGACCAAUACUAAAGAACCAUCCAAAGAGAAGAAGUGUGAGAGUCAGGAGGAGAGGACAGAAGCAGAGCUGGCUACCUUGAAAGGUGAAGUCAAAGAAAGAAUGAACUCAGAAGUGCUGGUGCAGCCCGUGUCUGAGAUCCAAGGAACGGGAUGUAGCCGGUACAAGGGAGAGCCUCAGGACAAGAGAGACCUAGUGGAAGUACCACUGUCUGGACUGAAGGCUCCAGAAGACCGGGGUCAGGAGAUGGAAGCAGAAGAAGCAGGUGUAGACCCUUAUGGAGAUGAUCAGAAAGUGUGCUGUGGAUUCUUCUUCAAAGAUGAUGUGAAAGGAGAAGAGGACAUGGCAGCAAAGAAAGCCGCUCUGCUGGAGAAGAGGCUGAGGAGAGAGAAGGAGGCGCAGCAGAGGAAGCAACAGCAGGAACUGGACCAGGAACAGAAGAGGGAAGCUGCAAGGUUGAAGGCAGAGGAAGAGCAGCAGAAGAAGGAUGAAGACAAAGCAAGGAGAGACUAUAUAAAGAAUGAGUAUUUGAGGAGGAAGCAGCUCAAACUGAUGGAGGACAUGGAUGAUUUCAUCAAGCCCCGGUCUGGAAGUCUCAAGAAGAAGCCUCGCCCAAAGUCCAUCCACAGGGAUGUCGUAGAGUCCUCUACGCCCCCUGUGAGAGGGGUGCAUCCACGAGCAUUCUCAGUAUCUAGCAUUUCUUUGGCUUCUCUCAACCUGACUGAUAAUGACAACAACCGGCCAGAUAACAAGAAGACCACCAGAGGCAGUAAAAUAGCUUCUGGCCAUAUCCCAUUCUUUUUAAAUUCCCCCAAAGAAAGAAAAGGAAGGCCAGAUUCUGCAGAAGGCUUUUCGUCUUGCCCUUCGGGUGGCAGUCGAAAUGGAGAGAAGGACUGGGAAAAUGAUUCUACUACGUCAUCCACUCCCUCCAACACUGAAUACACAGGUCCCAAACUAUACAAAGAGCCCAGUGCCAAGUCCAACAAGUAUAUCAUACAAAAUGCACUGGCUCACUGCUGCCUGGCGGGCAAGGUCAACGAAGGGCAAAAGAACAAGAUACUUGAUGAAAUGGAGAAGUCUGAAGCCAAUAACUUCCUGGUGUUGUUCCGUGACGCGGGAUGCCAGUUCAGGUCCGUGUACACCUACUACCCCGAGACUGAGGAGAUCUCCAAACUGGCUGGCAUUGGGCCAAAGAGCAUCACAACCAAGAUGAUCGAGUGUCUGUACAAGUACAACUCGGACAGGAAGCAGUUCAGCCGAAUCCCAGCCAAAACCAUGUCCGCCAGUGUGGACGCCGUCACCAUCGCGAGCCAUCUGUGGCAGACCAAGAAGCAGGGUACACCUAAAAAACUGCACCAGAAGUAGUGUUGUAUUGACUUGCAGUGGUCUGGAACUGGAAGGAUUUGUGGACAUUGCUUUUUUUUUGUUUUUUUAUUGUUGGGCCCUGCUUUUACAUGUCGCAACUGGAAAGUAAAAACACAAACGGGCCUCACAGAUGUUGUUUUAACACAUAACUGACUGCGACACUCUGGACUAUUUAAAUAGGCACAACUGUGUACUUGUCAGCAUGUGUAUCGAUGUUUUUAUGUGCCAAAAAUGGAGAUGACAUUCUAGGUGGACCUAUGCCUUACCUAGGCGAAGCACUAAAGCACUGAAUGUUAACACCUCCUCAAGAGGAAGUUUGGGCUUCUAUACGUUGAUCAUGCGUGGCCUUAAGCUUUUUGUGUCACAUGGAUGUGCUGAGAGUGUUGCGUUGAAGCCUGUUGAAAACGUCUGGUGUGAUAUAAGAGAGUUUGUGCGUACACACAGAUCUGUGAUCAGAUUACGCUCCCGUCAAUCUCCUGAUAUUUGGAAAGUUUUGUCUGAUCUGGGAUCAGCUAGAUGCAGGAUUUUUUAUUAUUAUUAUUAUUCGUUUUUGCUGCUAUACAGGCCUUUGUUGUUGCUGUUUUGUCAUUUUAAUACGUGACUGAAAAAUGUAACAUUUCAGAUUUGUGUGUGUGUGUGUGUGUCUCAUGAAGUACCAAGAAGUUGUGAGGGGAAAUACCUCAUGUGACGAUCGCAGUUCCUGUUGUUUGUGUGCAGUCAUUGUCGUGCGGUAUGAGAAUCAUCGAACAGUUCUGGAAAACACCUGCAAUAGAAUCUUAAUUUAUUUUCAUUUUGAUAAUGCUUUGAAGAUAUUUUAAAAGGCGUCUUGGAUUUUAUUCUGAGAAACGUAUUCUUCUAUACAUAUAUCAGUGAACUCAGUUUGUAUAUAAGUGCAGUUUCAUUAAAAAUGAACAAGCUUGUAGCAGCUUUAUAAUUUAUCGAGUAUGUUGUUGUUAUGGGGCCUUUUUUGUGCUACAGAUGCAAAAUGUGUGAUCGCUCCACACUAUCAUCAGCUUGUAGAGUAGACGAAAAUCUCAUGUCAUGCUAUCAGUCUGUGCAAUUAAAAGUACUUCAGCUGACCGUCAACAUGUUGCAGACAGAACGAAAAUGCUCAUAAUGUCACUUUAAUGUGGAUAUUGUCUUAACUGUUGCAUCUGGAUUGUUGUCAAAAAUAGUCCAGAGUUGUAAAUAGAUUAUCUUACCUUUGUUGCACCUGAUUACAAAUGUAUUUUCCACUUCAGUACUGUCACAUUUAUUUUUACAUUAUUGAUCCAUUUUUUUAAACUGUUUCUUCCUUUCCUAUGUGUCAAGUACACAGAUAUAUUUUCGCAAACAGAAAUAUAUUUCAUAAUGAUGUUUUUUGACAUGUCAUAGGUAUGUACUGAUGCAACAGUACAGUGUAAGAAGGGUAAGGGUGUGUGUGUGUGUGUAUGUAAAGUGACUUGGUAAGCAUACCUGUACUAAGAAAAAUGUUUUUUUUUCCCCUACUCUGAAUGAAUUUUGAUUUUAUUUCACUAAUAUGCUUACCGCAGCUGCUCAUGGAUUUUUCUUUUUCUAUUCUUUUGAGCUUUAUUAAAAUGUCAGCUAUCAACAGUA